UUUAAUUCCCCUUUCUGCCCUGCUGUGAUGAGUGUGGAGCUCCAGUAGGGGUCGCUGUGGGCGUCUCGGUCGCGAUCCGCCACACAUUGAGAGAAAUAGAAGAAGCCGUGCGGCAGUUUUGCUGAUUGAUGAGCUGAGCUCUCCGACUCUACUAAUCAUCUUUCCAUUAAACUCUUUCUGACAGGGUUUUACCCCCACAGUUCCAUCUGAUCCGUUGUGGGGGAUUUGAGGUGGUUAACUGCGUUCUGCUGGAAACAUCAAGGAAUCCCACAAUGGCAGUGUUCAAGUCCGAGGGGUGUCGUGUGAACAGGGCAGAGGAGAACACAGUCCCCUGAGAUGCCCCAAUGCUGCUCACCAUCAUUUCAGAGACACAGUACCUGACGAGCUGUGGUCCGCCAGUCAGGUAGUCUGUAAUGCAGGGUAUCAGGUAGGCAUCCACUUCUGUCUCUGUUAACUUGUCCCUCAGCAGGGGGUGAGAUGGUGUUGAUGGUGCUGGAAAAGUCAAAACCCAUGAUUCUCACAGCAGCCCCAGUUUACCCCAGUGAGAGUAGGCAUGGUGGCGCGUGUAGAUGAUGAUGGCGUCCCGUACUCCAAACGGCUCCUGGUAAGCAAAUUGCAGAGGGUUCGGUGCGUGCAUGAUGGACGGACAUGGGGUCUCAGAAGAUGGAGGACCAGUCACUCUAAGGUCUUUAACAUUCAUACAUUUGUCAUCUCUUUUCCGGAGCCAACUGGGACAGGAUGUGCUGAUCACGAUUUUUCAUUUUAAAAUAUCACGCUAAACAGAGUAUUAAAUAAACUUUUACAAUUUUUACACUUUAUUACAAUUAAUAUUUAGCUGUUGCCAUGGCGUGGCGUCCGUCGUCCACAAUUCAGUUAAAUCGUAUCUCGUCCGUCAGUUCUCCAUGGAUUUCUGUUCCAGUUGUUUUGUUUAAAAGAACUCAUCACGCCACACGAAGCUUGGUCAUUUUUUUUUUGCUAACAAGUUAGUAAUUGGGCCAAAUUAACGAAUUUUCCAGGCGUCUCACUGGAAUUGUAUCUCCUCUUUCAUUUAUUGUGCGCAUUCAGUUCUGAUCGAUGUUUUGGGUCAGUCUUUCCUCAGGGAGCAAAAUGUCGUCCUUUGUUGAUGUUCCUGUUGUAAACGGUUUGUCGUGGAGGUUGCUCCUCUCUUUCUCACAUUGCUGCAUUUCAGUUAUGUUUGAUGUUUUGGUCGUCAGAGUUGGUUUGAUGGCAGGCCAGAUGCACUACUCUGCCCCUGACCUUCUGGUAAAUACUUGUAAAGAAAAAUAAUCAUACUGUCGUACAUCGUGUGCUAUAAACUAUACGUUUUGGUUUCUACUCUUCACCUUGUGAAAUGAAGCACUCUGGUGUAUUUGUUAUAAAAUAUUGAACGUUGACGUGUUUGCCUUUUUCUGAUCCAGAUAUGAGUUAUCCCGUCUUCUCCUGCUUUCCUCUUUCCUACACAUCGUAAAUGUAUCUCUGCAAGAACAUCCAGAGAUCCGGCUAGGAUGAAGUCGGAGGAGAUUAAACGGGAGAAUCCGGAGCCCACGCAGAGCCCGAGUCACCAGCACAGCUCCUCGUUCCUCACCACCGCGUCUCUCAGACGAACGCACAGAGAAGUUCACCAGUGCUCAGCGUGUGGGAAGAGUUUCACCCAGACAAGCAGUCUCCGAGAACACCAGCGCAUGCACACCGGAGAGAAGCCGUACGUGUGCUCGCAGUGCGGGAAGAGUUUCAGUCAGAGGAGUACUCUCAUAAAACACCAGCGCGUUCACACCGGGGAGAAGCCGUACGAGUGCCCCGAGUGCAGGACGACUUUCAGUCAGAAGAGUCACCUCAAAAAACACCAGCGCAUUCACACAGGAGAGAAGCUCUAUCAGUGUACACAGUGCGAGAAGAGGUUUAUAGAGAGCGGUAAUCUCAUAAAACACCAGCGAGUCCACACCGGAGAGAAGCCGUAUCAGUGCUUGCAGUGCGGGAAGAAUUUUACUCGACUCAGUAAUCUCCAGCGACACCAGCGCAUCCACAGGGGAGAGAAACCGUAUCCGUGUUCCCAGUGCGGGAAGAGUUUUAUCGAGAAGAGCAAGCUCGUGAAACACCAGCGCGUUCACACUGGAGAGAAACCGUAUCAGUGCUUCAACUGUGGGAGGAGUUUUACAGAAAGGCGGACCCUCCAACAACACCUGCUCAUUCAUACAGGAGAUAAACCACACCCGUGUUUAGAGUGUGGGAAGAGUUUUCGAGAGAAGACUGCUCUCCGAGUCCACCAGCACAUCCACACGGGCCAGAAGCCCUAUUACUGUCCCCAGUGUGGGAAGGGUUUUACAACCCAUAGAAGUUUCCAGCAACACGAGCGCAUUCACACAGGAGAGAAACCGUACCAGUGCUCGCAGUGCGGCAAGAGUUUUAAUAACCAAAGUAACCUCCGGGAGCACAAGCGCAUUCACACGGGGGAGAAGCCGUAUCGGUGCUCGCAGUGCGGGAAGAGCUUUAUUCGACGAAGUAAUUUACAGCGACACAAACACAUUCCUGCGGCUGAGGUCAAGGACAUGCUGCAGUUCUCGUCAGAAAGUGUGGGAAUUAAUUUUCCUGCAGGAGAAACAAACAGCUGCAGCACCAGCAGAGGAACAUCAGACUGCUGGCAGGAGAGUGGAGGCUCAAUCACUGCGGCUCAGCUGCCCUGCUGUGAUGAGUGUGGAGCUCCAAACAUCCAGAUGAUGAAAUCGGACAAAUUUGAGAAUCAGGAAUCCACAGAGAGCGUCGGUGGUCACCAAUGGGCAUCUGAGAGUUUUCACAUCAACGCCUCUCAGUGCAAAAAGAAAACUCACCAGUGCUCGCACUGUGGGAAGAGUUUUAGUCAAAAGAGUACGCUGAAACGACACCAGCGGAUGCACACAGGCGAGAACCCCUAUCAUUGCUCGUUGUGUAGGAAGAAUUUUUCCAGCCAGAGUAGUCUUCAGCGACACCAGCACAUUCACACAGGAGAGAAGCCCUAUCGGUGUUCACUGUGUGGGAAGAGCUUUAUUGAGGGCGGUGAUCUCAUCAAACACCAGCGCGUUCACACCGGAGAGAAGCCGUAUCGCUGCUCACACUGUGGGAAGAGUUUUACACAAAAGAGUAACCUCCAAAAACACCAGCGCGUUCACACAGGAGAGAAACCGUAUCACUGCUCAGAGUGUGGGAAGAGUUUUACCCAAGGAACUGACCUGAGAGUCCACCAGCGCAUUCACACGGGGGAGAAGCCCUAUCACUGCUUGCAGUGCGGUCACCGUUUUAUCAGCCAGAGUUGUCUCCAGCAGCACCAGCGCAUUCACACCGGAGAGAAGCCGUAUCAGUGCUCACAGUGUGAGAAGAGGUUCGGUGAGAGACGUAACCUCAUACAGCACCUGCAAAUUCACAAGGGAGAGAAACCGUAUCAGUGUUCACACUGUGGGAUGAGUUUUAACAGACACAGCAAUCUCCAGCAGCACCUGCGGAUUCACACCGGAGAGAAGCCGUAUCAGUGUUCAGAGUGUGGGAAGAGUUUUAAUCGAGAGGACGCUCUGCAAGAACACCAACACGUUCACACGGGACAGAAACCCUAUUACUGUUCAGCAUGCGGGAAGAGUUUCACUCGACAUGGUAGUCUCCAGCAACACCAGCGCAUUCACACAGGAGAGGCGCCGUAUCAGUGCUCACAGUGUGAGAAGAGGUUUACGACCCACACAAACUUUAAACGCCACGAGCACAUUCACACGGCUCUGAACGAGAACAUGCUGCAGUUCUUCUCCGAAAGCGUGCCAACUGAAGUUACUCCAAGACCCCACUUAAAUGUAAUCGCUCCUGGAUACAGUCGUGUUCAAAAUAAUAGCAGUGUGUUUAAAAACAUGAGUGGUAUCCUGUCUUCUCCUCCUGCUGUCCGCUUUCCUAUCAAUUAUAAAUUCACCUCCACGAGACACUCAGAAGAUCCACCCAUGCUGAAGCCCGAAGAGAUAAAAUGUGAGACUCCAGAACCUCCAAAUAGCUCCAGCAGUCAGGAAUGGUCAUUCGGUACUUUCCUCACGAGCACCUCUCUCACAUUUAUGCCAAAAGAGAUCCAUCAGUGCCCUGAGUGUGGGAAAAGUUUCAGUCAGAAGAGUAAUCUGAACCAACACCAGCGCAUCCACUCGGGGGAGAAGCCGUACCAGUGCUCGGAGUGCGGGAAGAGUUUCAAUCAGAAGAGUAAUCUCAAACAGCACGAGCGCAUCCACUCGGGGGAGAAGCCGUACCACUGCACGGACUGCGGCAUGAACUUUACGCAGCGGAGUCAUCUCCAACAGCACCAGCGCAUCCACACCGGGGAGAGGCCAUACCACUGCCUGGAGUGCGGGAAGAGCUUCGGGGACCAGAGUAACCUGCAGCAGCACCAGCGCAUCCACACAGGGGAGCGGCCGUUUCAGUGCUCGGAGUGUGGGAUGAGUUUUACACAGAAGGGCAAUCUCCACAAACACUUCCUCUUCCACACUGGAGAGAAGCCGUAUCAGUGCUCGGAGUGUGGGCGGAGCUUUACCCAAGCGGCUGAUCUUCAAGAGCACCAGCACGUUCACACUGGGGAGAAGCCGUAUUACUGCUCCGCGUGCGGGAAGAGUUUUACUCGGCACAGUAGUUUCGUGCGACACCAGCACAUCCACACCGGAGAGAAGCCACAUCACUGCCCCGUGUGUGGGAAGGGUUUCACUCGGUACACCAAUCUGCAGCGACACAAACUCCUUCACGCAGCGGAGAUCGAGGAGAUCCUGCACUUCUCACCGGAAAGGGUGGAAAUUGACUAGGCCCACUCUGAACGCGUGUUCUGGGCCACGAGGACUUGUACAUUGCUUGAGUCUGGUGGAGUGUUGUGUGGUCGUUCCUAUUUGAGCGCAGCAGUGGUUUUAUCAACACCAAGAAACGACAGUUUUAUACAGUUUCAGACACGACGGUCUGCUAGCCUGGCGAGCCAGACUAAAUGUGAAUAUUUAGUCUGGCCUCGAUCCGUAGACCUUUCCGAAGGGUGUGGGAGGAACAAACCGCUGUCUUUCAAACUGUCUCUGUGCGUACAGGCCAACGCUCUGACCAAUCAGCACAACAGUGACUGUGACGUAGUCAGAGCGACAGAAAGCAGUGGGGGAGGCCUUGCAAUAAAUAAUUUUUCAAAAUGCGUAUUAAUUAAUAAACAGGUUCUAGAUAUUAAGAGGUUUGGAGAUAAUGACCACGAGUUUGGAGUCUGUACCACAUACUUAACAUACACUUAUUUUUCAAGGGUUUGCUUAAACUGUGUUUGAGGGUUUUUAUUUAGUGGUGUUUGGUGAAAUAAUUUCCCUUAAAUUUAAAAUAACGGGAAAAUAAGAAACAAUCAAAAAGUAAUGUUUCAAAGCUGUUUAUUAAUUCUUCGUACUGCACAAACUAGCCCCAUCCUUUUGGCUACGAGCGGAGCCAGCUGGUAGAUCAGACUUUUGCCAUAGCCGGUCGGCAAAACAGCGAAAACGUCCUUCUUGAAAAGGAAUGAGCGGAGAGCCUCUUCCUGCUCAUGUUUCAACCAAAACUCCAAGUCUAAUUCUUCUAAAACUGAUUCCAAAGCGGAGUCAAACGCGCGCUGUUCACUAGCCGUAGCCAUCUUUCCUGCUGUGCUUUCUCCAGCGUCGCGCAGCCUUGUCAUCACUCCUGCAAAAGCCCGCCCAAAGAAUCCAAACAAAAACCUUGCGUUGUGAUUGGCGGGCACGAUUUGAUGCCCGGGGUGUUUUUGUUUAUAUGGUGCGAGGCUAGACCCAUUCGCUAGGCAAAAAUAUUUUUGGCCGCUAGGCGGGUGGGUCUAGUUUACUAGGCUAACGGUCUGCUACACUGUGAAACGUUCUUCACUCGGUGACGGUGCAGAUAGUUUUAGUAUUUUUAUUACUAACGGGUGAUCAGUUCAGGUUUUGCGUCGCACCUUGGGAUGCUCCGUUUACAGAAUGCGUAGAAACGGUGUUGAAAAGCGCACACCGUUUUCACCGGCUGAUCCAGUAACUAUCAACGAAUAAUCGCCUCAGUGGCGCCCCUACAGGAUACAUUUACCACUUUUAACAUCAUUCAAGACGGAGACCGGUAUAGAUCGUCCUUCCGACAUAAAUAUCAGCGAAUGACGUUUUGAUUUGUAGUGAAAAUGCGUUGAUCGUGCGAGCAUAGUUUUCACACAGUGUUUGCUUGGCUGUAGUGGCUAAAAGUUCACCACGUGUUUUCUUGACCUUUCAAGCAGGUCUGUUGCUCAACAAAUCUGGGAAAUUCGCCAAUAAUCUGCAGUUGAGAUUGUCUCCUGAUGGAUUUACAAGGGUCUGUAUCGUCUGUAGUCAGUGUCUGGAAAAUGGACUGUUUUGGGUUACAUGAUUUCGUGUCCGAUUUACCGUAACUUCCCUCGGUCCAAUUUCACUUUGGGUUGUGUAUCCUGCACACGCGGGUUUGGUAGCAUAAUGCAGCAGGUAGAACUCGGAAUCCAUAAUCUGAUCAUCUGGUCUGAAACUCUGGUGGACCGACGCGUCUCCGAUAUUCAUGGAGUCUGUGGCAGGUCAUUGUUUUAGUAUAAAUACACAGGUGAUUUUUAUUUUUUUAAAUCGCAUGUAAUAACUUUGUGGCGCAGACGUGUCGCUUCUCUACGCCGAGUCACAUAAAAUACUUUGUUUUGGAAUCAGUAAAAUAAAUCCCAACCCCGCCUUCCCUUUGAACAGUUUUAGACCAAACUUCAGAGCACCUUUAGUGCUUUUAGGAACAGCGUUUUCUCUCAUCAUGUGUAAUUCUUUCUGACUCACGGUGACGAAGCGAUUGGACCCAUUUUGCCGAGUCGCUCGAGGUGAUUAUCGAGAAAUAAAUAAUCCAAAUUUCUUGACCAAUCAGCAUGCUUGAUUUCCUGUAAUCACCUGUGUAUUUAUACUCCACAUUGAUGGUGUGCAGUGAUCUGUAGAUGUCCGUAUCGGAUGCGUGGCUGCCCUUCACAUGGUUAAAAGUGGAUAUGUUCAACUUCAUAUUGUUCUGAAAGCCUUUCCUGAGCCAAACUGUUUCAUGUUUGCGUGUAUCUCGAUCAUUUAAACAUUUUUAAAAUUUGUCUGCUGCCGUCUGUACAGUAGAGCUGCAACAAGUAAUCGUUGAUAUCUGGAAUAGAUAGUUAGCCAGGACCUUCUCUAUCGAUUAAUUGAACGGUUAUGAAGUACACCAUGGUGCGUGCAAAGUGACUUCAUAAAACCACGUUUGACUGAAAUGAUGGUGCACAGAGAGGCUCUUUACGGCGCUGCUGGACUCGUGAUAGAAGUUGUGUUUUAAUGUAAGUUAUAUUGCCGUUUGUUUGUGAGACACUGUGGAAGUGUGAUGCCUCUGCCUGAACCGCCCGUACUAACGGACUGAUUUCUCCAAACAGUUCCAGUUUUCUCGCUCUAUCAUACAUUUAUGGUCCUGUAUCUAACGAAUGAACGUUUAUUCUAUGAGACAAAUAUGUUCUCACUUCAAAACACAACUCGUUGGGCAGCAGAGUUAGUUAUUUACAUCACUUAAUUAUCUUUUAAGAAUUUGAACUAUUUUUCCAACCCAGUAGAAUUGAUUAUACACUCCCUGGCCACUUUAAUAGGAACUUGAUUGUAAGAUCCCUGUUCUUGGCUGCAGGAGUGGAACCCAAUGUGUUCUUCUGCUGUUCCAUGCUGAGAUGCUUUUCUGCUCACCACGGUUGUAAAGAGUGAUUAUAUGAGUUGCUAUAUCCUUCCUGGCAAAAAAGCUCGACCCAAUCUGUCCAUUUCCCUCUGACCCUCUCUUAUCAACACGGCGUUUGUUUCCACCCACAGAACUGUUGCUCACUCACUCAGUGUUUUUUGUUUUCUGCACCAUUCUGUGUAAACUCUAGAGACUGUUGUGUGUGAAAACCCCAGGAGAUCAGCAGCUUCUGAAAUACUCAAACCAGUCCAUCUGGAUCAAACCAACACCCAGACCACAGUGAGAGAAAGUCACACUGUGAGAUCACAGUGUUUCCCAUUCUGAUGUUUGAACAUUGUGAACAUUAACUGAAGCUCCUGAUUUGUAUCUGCGUGAUUUGGUGCAUCGAGCUGCUGUGGACGGAUCGGCUGAUUACAGAACUGCAGAGAACAGAACAGCAGAGGGAUGGGGUGUUCCUAACAAAGUGGCCGGUGCAUGUAUAUUCUUAGCAUGUACAAUGUAUUGUUUUGGGUUUUUGUUUGUUUGUUUGUUUGUUUGUUUAUAAAUAUGCUCACAUCAAAAUUGAUCUUCGAGUCAACUCUCUCAUUUUGAGCAGUGAAAAUGGUUUGCCCCAUGAACAUCAGCGGUCCAGUGAGAGAAACGGGCAGCAGGUAUUUAUUUUUCUGUCAUUCUGAAUGUGUCUGUUGAGGAUCUAAACAGAGGAGGGCUUGAACUACAGAUAAAACACACACAAUGCGCACCAGGUGCUAGUUCUGGACUGGUGGUAGUGCUGGUUCCGAUUUGGUUCAACUUGCAAUCCUUCUCAGAACCCUGCUCGUGCUGCUAGCACCAAACACAACACUGGUGGACUUCAUAGGCUGCUUCUUCAGUUAAACUAGGUUUAGGUUGGUCUUGUGGGUCAUGAUAACCCUGCCCUCCAGUCCCUGACACAAGUGGUUCAUGGUUUUAGACCAGUGAAGUGUUGGUGGCGUUCUGGGACCAGUUUUCCUUACUGAGCACCGAUUCUUUGACUCUCGAAACGCAAAGAAUGUGGCUGGACUUUAAGCAGCGGCUCUGAACUGACACUGCCUUGGUGGAGAAGAGGGUAACGAAUGCAAACUGUGUGGUAAGCUAUUAAUAAGUGAUGAGCGGUAAAAGAUGUCCGUGUUAGUUUGAGAGUCUGUUGGUUGAAGUGAGGACUGGAUGAUGAUGAUCUUCUCAUGCUGAGAAAUUCUCUACAAGAAAUUGACAUUUUAUUAGCUAUUGAACUGUUUUUAUUUAAUUAAGUCUAGUUAAGAGUUCUGUAGUACUGUUGAUUUUAAAAUGUUUUCAAAUAUUUUGUUUAAUGCAGUAAAAGAAUAAGUUAUCAAUUAUGAAAAUAGUUGCAGCCCUACUGUACUGUUCUUCCCUCUUUCAGUGACAUGAUCGCACAUCUGGUUACAAUCUGAAUUGAUUUCAUUUCCAAAAUCAUGAUCAGAUCUUCACAUUAACUGCGAGAGUAAAUCACACGAGGCUGUCAGGGUUUUUAGAGGUCUGUAAUCAGACUUAAUUUUUACCACUGCUUUUGUUAAACUUUUUCACAAUAAACUGGAUCAAAAUGAGUAGAAAUUAGAAAAUAAAAUAAUUUAAAAAUUCCACAGGGUUUUUUUUUUUCCUUAAAAUACUUGUUCUUUUAAAAUAUGGAUGUGAAAGAAUAAUAUAUACUCCUGGUUUCUUCACUCUGAAGGUGGAUUAUCCUUUUCUUUUAUCUUGCUGCUUAUAAAUGAAUUACAUGUGAAUUAUUAUAGAUAUUUUAGGGGUGUGUGUGUGUGUGUGUGUGUGUGUGUGUGUGUGUGUGUCCUGCAGCUGUGGUCCACUGAUGGCCUUGAGACAUUCUAUCACACACUCUGUACCUGCCCAGGUCUGAUGGUGUGAAGGAGGAAACCUCAGGCUCGGUGUUCUGGUGAUUAAACGUGUUGUGGUGAGGAAGGAGAGACUCCGGGGCGGCAGUGCGACCCUGGAGGGGGUAAUAAGGCUGAGAAUGUGUAGGAAGACCGUGUGUGAAAUGGGUUGUAACCUCAACACUGGACGUAAGACAUGAGUUCUUUGUUCUAUGAAACCAACCAAAGUUAGUCAUAUGUAAAAAUUGUGUGGUUCUUUUAGAAAAAAAUUUAAAAAAAAUUGAGUGCUUGAUUUCAAAAUGUUGGAAGUUUUUGUUUCUCUGGUCAUGAAUAAAGAGGAAACUUCACUCAGAGAUUGUCUUCUUUCUUUUCUUGAAGAUUGCCAUGACAACUGUAACUCGUUUUUGAGACGUUUCAUAUCAGAUGUUAUGUAACUACUUGGUUCUAGUAAGAACAGUUUGUGUGCUUGAUAGAUUUAAAACAAAAGCAGAAUAAAAUGAAUACUUCACAAUACACAA